UUAGGCUCCACUGAGAAUUUUUGGUUUGUUCCAUGACCACUAGAGCUGCAACCACUGAUAAUCAGGUCUACAUGCUUCGAUGAACUGCAGGAGCCUGUUUCUGUGGAAGAAACAGCCCAGCUUAGCAGUCAGAUUCCCCACAGAGUUGAAAUCGCGGAGUUGGACAGACCCUCCUGACUCUCCGAUCACAGUGCCGCGUGGCAGCAGAAGAUGUCGGUGCAGCACUUUGGGAAUGGCCCAACAAACAGCAGAAGAAAGAUGAAGCGCUAUUUGAUGGUUGGGCUUCUGACUGUCUUCCUGGUGGGCCUGGCCCUUUUCUUUGGACUUUUCUUCGGGCUGCGCAAUUCCCCUACAAUUCUCUACAAGAAUGCAGCUGUGGCUACAGAUGCUGAGCAGUGCUCCGUAAUUGGAAGGGACAUCCUUCAGCAAGGAGGCUCCGCCGUGGAUGCUGCCAUUGCAGCUCUGCUCUGUGUAGGCCUCAUGAAUCCACACAGUAUGGGAAUUGGCGGGGGUCUUGUCUUCACCAUCUACACCAACUCCGGACAAGCAGAAGUCAUCAAUGCAAGAGAGGUGGCUCCAAUGAAAGCAUCCGUGGGCAUGUUUGGGAACAACACAGAGCUCUCUGUCCUAGGGGGCCUGUCUAUUGCGGUGCCAGGAGAAAUUCGUGGAUAUGAUAUGGCUCAUAAGCGGCAUGGCAGGCUGCCAUGGAAAAGCCUUUUUCUGCCCAACAUCAAGCUGGCAAGAGAGGGGUUCCAAGUUGGUAAAGCACUGGCAGAUGCCUUGAAAGGAAAACAGAAGAAUAUUGAAAGCAAUCCUUCACUGUGUGAAGUGUUCUGCAAAGGAGGAAAGAUCCUACAAAAGGGGAAUGUCAUCAAAAUGCCCAAACUAGCAGAUACCUAUGAGACAUUAGCCAAUGAGGGAGCAGAUGCCUUUUAUACAGGGACCCUGGCCCAGCAAAUUGUCAAAGACAUCACAGAAGCAGGAGGCAUCGUUUCCUUGGAGGACCUUAAAAACUAUACUCCGAUCCUGACUGAAAAUCCUUUAAACAUCACGCUGGGGGAGUUCACCAUGUAUACAGCCAGUGCCCCCCUGAGUGGCCCAGUGCUAGCACUGAUCCUCAACAUACUGAAAGGAUAUAAUUUCUCCAGUGACAGUGUGUCAACCCUGGAGAAAAGGGGUCUAACUUACCACCGUAUUGUGGAGGCCUUCCGCUUCGCAUAUGCCAAGAGGACUUUACUGGGAGACCCAUUAUUUGUCGAUGUCAAGGAGGUGCUCAAGAACAUGACCUCUGAGUUCUUUGCGGAUAGCCUACGGAGGAGAAUCACUGACAAUACAACCCAUCCAGUUGACUACUAUGAGCCACAGUACUACAAUCCAGAUAAUGCCGGUACAUCCCAUCUCUCCGUUGUGGCUGAUGAUGGCAGUGCUGUGUCCGCCACCAGCACCAUCAACUUACACUUUGGCUCACAAGUUUGCUCCAACGUGAGUGGCAUCAUAUUUAAUGAUGAGAUGGAUGACUUCAGUUCACCUUUUAUUACCAAUAACUUUGGCGUCCGUCCCUCCAUUGCAAACUUCAUCAAACCAGGUAAACAGCCCCUGUCCUCCAUGUGUCCCACAAUCCUGGUGGAUAAAACAAAUAAGGUUAAGAUGGUGGUUGGUGCAGCCGGAGGAACGAAAAUCACCACAGCAACAGCACUGGUAAGUGUCACGGUGUGGGACGGAUGAGAAGACAGUCCGUAGAGGCCAGACAAGGUUG